UAUUAUUAUGGUGUUUUAAUUUAAAUCUUUGUUGAGGAUUUUGUUGUGUAAUACUAACUUGUCUGAGUUAUAUAGUAACGAAAGUGUAGGAAAUAUACUGAUAUUUUUAUAUGUGACAUUUAAUAGAUUCAAUUUUAACAUACAUAAAAAUAUUGUAAAUUGGUUUUAUAUUUAUUAUAAAAAGGUGCUAAAUAGUUGACUGUGAUACUUACCAUUCAAGACUUACAUAAAACUCACGAUCUACAAACUGAGUGUCAAUCAUUUAUUAUCAGACUGUUUCAAAGUUUUAAAUUCUGUCUCAAGUCCAUUUUGUGACUUUGAUCAUCAAUUAUAUUUUUCGUGUGGAAGUGAUCUUGUUUGAAACCACUUAGAGACAGGUGCUAACAAUUGUUAUUUUGUUAUAAGAGAUUUCAACAGAACUGAAAAAAAAACCACCUUGAAAUCAUCCACAUAUUUUUAAAUGAGAGAAUUGAUGCAAAGCAUAUACUUACCAGGAUAUAUGGAGAGAAAAAACUCACUACAGAAUCAAACAAUGUAAAGCAUAUAAUGCCAGACUGUUUUAUUGAAACAAAUAAGCAUAUUGUUUUGAAAAAAAGUUAUAAAAACGAUAAUUGGCAAUCAAUUAAUUAAUUGAACCAGUAAUUGGCAAAAAGAGGAAAAACAGGAUAAAAAACAUUGAGAAACCCCCGGACACUGGUUAUAUACUGAAACAAAAGGAUAAUAGGUGCUCUUUAAAAUUGGCAAAGGUUGCCUUAAAACAUUGUUGACACUGUGGAAAGCUAUGUGACUGAGAUAAAGGAAAAGAAAUAUUAUUUAUCUCGUCUUUGUGCGUUUUUAACAUUCUUGUAUGAAGAUGACGACUGGGAUGCUAUUUGUGUUCAAUUUUUGGAAGGGCCGAAGAAAAGACAAAGAUUCUCCGACCCCACCCCUACAAGACGAGUACCGGCAAUAUUUAGAGGAACAGUUUGUGCGAGACCGGAUCACUGACACAGAUUUUUACAGACUAGUUUCUAUACCAGAAUGUCUAGAUUAUAAUGAGUGGCUAGCAACACAUGCUGUUUCAUUUUUUAACCAUGUAAACCUUAUGUAUGGUGUAAUAUCAGAGUACUGUACUGGUGAAACUUGUGCCACCAUGACAGGCCCAGGGAAUGUGCAAUUUUGUUGGACAGACGAGAAAGGAAAGAAAAAUAAAGAGUCAGCUGCCCAGUAUAUUGACUACGUCACAACUUAUAUACAAAAGACAAUCUCAGAUGAGUCAAUAUUUCCAACCAAAUUUGGUCAUCCGUUUCCGUCUACGUUUGAGGGGAUUGUUAAACGUAUCCACAAGUACUUGUUACAUAUUAUAGCUCACAUAUAUCAUGUCCAUUAUAAAGAACUACUCAUGCUCGGUCUAAACGGACAUAUGAACAGUCUGUUCACACACUUUAUGGUCUUCAAUAUAAAAUUUGACUUGUUAGAAGAAAAGGAGUAUGACAUGUUGAAUGAACUUCUGAAAGCUUUAAUAAAACAGUUACCCGAUCCAAACCAAAAUGAUGGCUCGGAGGUGGCACCUCAGAUAUCCCGGACUUAGCACUUCAGAUACAGUGAUGUGCCAUACGUUGUUAAUGGUAUAAUUAUAUACCCCGAUGUGAUGAGAUGUUAAAAACUUCAGUCUAAUCAAGUUACGCAAGAAGUAAAAAUGAUGAUAUAUAUGAAGGAGUGCAUGGACAUAUGAUGAUGUUUAUUUGAAUGGAUUUGAAUAGUGGAAACUAGUUAUUUCAUAUAUAUAAUGUGUCUAUAUCCUGUGAAACGGUAGUCAAUAUUAGUCAAUAUAAUUCAGAAGAAAAAAACAAAGUUGCACAAGAACACACACCUAGCAAUAUUUAGAAUGAUAGAAUAAUGUGUGAUAUUCACAAUGUUUAUUUUAUAUGCAAAUGUUUUUAUUCACUUCUUCCCUUUUUGUCAUUAAGUUGAGAAUACCAAAGUAAAAUUAUGUCACCUUUUUUCAUUGAUCUGACAUGCUGAUUUGUUACCUUAAAAAAUUUAAUUACCCUUUUGAUGAAAUAUUUGUCUUAAAAUUGAUCAUUAUGUUCUUGGUUUAGCUUUUAGAAAUUAAGUAUGUCUCUUAACAGAAUAUAUACCAAUCUUAUUUGAAUGACAGAUUUAUUUCUUACCCUUGAAUGUAUUUAUAAAAAUUCUGUCAAGCUAAUAGUAUGUGAGCAUAUCUAAUUAAUAAGAUCAAAUAUUCUUCUUUAGGACCAGGAGCAAUAACAAAAUCUGUGUCAACUGGCUGCUUUCUGUAUAAUGACAGAAAUUAUUCAUACAUAAACAAUAUUGAUAUAAUGUAAAAAUCUUUGUGGGGAUGAAUUAUUUACGAGGUUAUUGGAACAACAAAACUUUGUAAGAUAAAUGCAUUAGGGUGAAAUUUUGCUUUAAUGGUGUCAUAGAAUUUAUUUAUACCUUGAAAAUUAAUUUUAACGGACAUAUUUAAAGAGAAAAUCUGGAAAACAAGAGCGUUAUAAUGGAAUUUUGUUGUAAAAUCUAAAAUAGUUUAAUGGAGACAAAUUUUACUUUGGUAUCUGCUUUAUUUUAGGUUGAUUACAAUGUUCAUAAACUGAACAUCUCUUCUUUGUGAGAUUUUACAAAAGUGCUGACUAAGAUUUUAUAAAAGUCAUGACUCAGCAAUAACUUCAUCGCUCCUAAUAUUAGAAUUAUUGUCUUAUUAUAGAAACAAAAAAGGUUGUGUCUGUAAUUUGCCAUAAAAGACUUUAAUGAUUAAACUACUCAAUAGAAAAGUUAAAGGACUUUAUCAAUAUGCUUACAACAAGAAAGUUGUUUAGCUUACUUAAAGGCUGCAAUUGAAAAAUGAAGAGAGGAAAAAUCUGUUUUUCAUUUUAUUCUAAAAUAAUAUUUGUUAUCUCCUUUGCCGUCUUAUUUAACUAUAAAUCCUUACCCUGCUGUACUUACAUAAUGGACUUUCCAUGCUUUGAAAUUGGAUCAGUCCAUUGGCAAUUAAAGGGAUUUCAGUAUCAAAGCACAAAAAUUAAACUUUAGCCGGUAGUGUUGAGUUAGAUUGCAUGAAUGUUCUUGCUACCCUGGCUCUACUGGUGGUAUAGACCUCGUCUUGAGGUUAUAAAACUUUUUUUUGGGUCAUCUCUCAAAUGUCAGGGUUUUCAUUGGUCAGAGUACAUUCUGUGCCAGUCUCGGACCAAUCAGAUACCUGAGAUCUGAGUUUGAGCUUCGAAAACUUGUUUAUAAAUUCGAACCCUGGAAAUACUGCUAGUGGUGCUCUUAUUGGAUAAACUUAGAAUAUGACACAAAAUAUUAUAUGCAGAAAGAAAAUCCAUAUUUUACAUUAUGUUGGGAUUAGUUUGUUACGAGAGAUAGAUGUGUAUUUCUUGUGUUGUUAUAUUAUAUGUAUGUUAUGUAAUGGUGUAACAACAUAACAAUGUCUGAAGAUUUGUCAUUGUAAAGCGCUAUCUCAAUAGUAACUUAAUACACCCUGUCAAUUUUAUUGAAAUUACAUAGAUUUGAAGAUGUCUUCAACAUGGUAUUAGGUGUGGUGAGUGUCUCUUUCAAGUUUUUUCUUUAUGAAAGAGAUAUAGCUUUUGCCAUACUUAUAUACUUAUAAAUGUUUGAUUCCCACCAUAAAUUCAGAUUUUUUCUGUACAAUUGUCUGUGUGGCUUAAAUAAAAUCAUAGGUCUUCUUAGAGUGCUUACUGAUAAUUAAGGAAAUACAAUUGAGACAUAGCAAGUCAGGCCUUUCAGUGUCUUUGUAAACUGAAAUUUAAGAAAAAGAAAAUGUACCAAGCAUUGCAAACAAUAAGCUUUUAUACUUUAAUUAAUAUAUCAAUUUCAAAAACAUGAUAAGAUAGGUUGAAAGCAGCUGGUAACGUGCUGUUUUUCAUUCUUGAAAACAUUAAUAUUCUGAUGGGUUUAUAUAGACAGAAAUGCUGUGUGUUUAUAGUUACAAGACUUUGAAAAGAUCAGAUUCAAAUAAAUCUUACAGUUGUUUAAGAAGAAAAAAACACUUGUUAGAGCUAUAUUUUAUGUGCUUUAUAUAUAGCCAAUGGACUUGCAAACUUGUAGAAUUUAAAAAAAAGAAGAAGAAAAAGAUUUUUCGACAUUUGCUGAUACAAGAUCUCACAUUGUGGUGUUGUUAAACCAUUACAAGCGUUGCAAGCCAGUGAAUGGCAAUGCAAUGUAGUUGUUAAUUAGAUAUAUAUAUAUAGAUAAAUAUAUAUAUGUAUAGUCAAUUUAUUUAUUUUUUGUUACAUAUUGUAGUUGUUGAGAUUUGAAGGGCAUAUUGAAGGAUAUGUUUUUUUUGCAAUGUUUUGUUUAGAUUUUUGUUUUUCGUUUCUUUGUGUUAAAUUCGUCAAAUUUCAGUUUGUAAUAAGUACCAUAAGGAAAAGGUUUCGGAUUCAUACUAAAAGCAAAUAUUUGAAGUGUAGGUAACUGUUUCUAACCUGAUCCUGCUUGAAUGGAAAGUGCUUAACCUUUGCCAACAUAAUAGAUACAGGCCAGCUUGCACAUCUGUGCAGUCUAACCAGCCUCUAUACUGUUGGUAGCUCAAUUUGUGUAUCUUUUAUAUCAAAAUCCCUUAAACAUUGAAUAGACUGUUCCAAAUUCAAAGAUGGGACAAAUCCAUUAUACAAAUUCAGCAGGCUAAAAGGUUAACUGUCAUGCUUAUUAUAAUAAUGGAUGGGGGGGGGACUAUUUUAAACUACACCUGCAUUUACAUAAGAAAGGAUAAUUAUAAUUUGAACGGAUUGAGACAAUACAUAGUUACAAGUAUCUAGAAAUUGUUAUCAAUGUUAGAAAUGUAGUCCUAGUAUUGUAAUUUGCAUGGGUUAGUGUAUUUAUUUACAUGAAAUGAAGAAACGUUAUAGAAAACUAGGUCACUGCAUAAUAAGAUCAUUAAUUUUAUUGUAGUGUAGUGUAACUUUAACUAAAGAAAAUCAUGUUGCAAAUGAUAUGCAAGGUAUUUUUUGUGCCAAAAAACAAAAUCCUCAAAUUACUAAACAAGUAAUGUAAGACUUUCUAACAGCAUUAAAAUUGAUAUACAUACAUACAGUUCUGGAUGUAUAUCAAGGUUUAUUAUUUCGUGCAAACAAAUUCUAUUUUAUCAUUCUCUUCUAAAAGUUUUAUACAUUUUAACAAAACAGGUAAAUGAAUUGCUCAUGUAAAUCAGGUUUUUAUAUUUUAAUGAAAGGUCAACCCAACCUACUUGUAUAGAAGUCGAACAAUGAACAUUGCUUGAAGCUAU